CCUUCACUUUGCUUUAUCUUGAAUGUGUUCCUGAAACGUUUGUAUUUAUCGUCCAUGCUGUUCCAUGUUAUAUGUGUUUUAUAAAAAAAACAGCUCAUAGAUUUGUUAAAGAUUUGCUCUAUGUACUAUAUGAAUAUAAAAUGUGUAAACGAACGAGUAAGAUAGUAUCAAUAUCUCCUUGAGUUUCUAACCUCAAAAUGUGACAGUUAAAAAUCGACUGAUUAGAAAGUUUAUUAUUACCUUAAAUGCAUUUAAAAUGGAAAAUGUUGAAAUUGAAGAUUAUCACCAUCACGACUUUACAACUGCCACAGAAUGGGAAGUGUUCAUAGCACGCUUAGAAGAAAUCAUUCGAGAAUGGAAACUCCCUCAAACAAAAAUUGGUCCUCCCUUAAAAUCGGGUGACUUCUUGAAUUUAUCAUGGGAUGAAAAUGUUGAAAAUUUACAUUUUGCAGAUGUUGAGUUUUCGCUAAAGCAUUAUAAGCUAAAGGUUGAAAACGUCUCGAAUGUUGAAGAUGGUUCAGACAGUGACGAGGAAGAUUCUGUGGAAACUAAAACACAGUGUCAAAUAGACUGUCUUGAUACUUCAAAUGACUUUUUAACGUUAACUGAAAGACAUUUAGAGUUAGCAAAUUACUUUGGUAUUAGGGAAUUUAUUAUUUUGGUACCAACUAAACAACUUGCUAUAUCAGAUGAAACAAGAAUUAAAAUAUUAGUAAGUUCUUUAACAAUUGCAUCACAUAAUGCACAUUGUGAAGUUCCUGCAUUUGUACAAAUACAUGAGCCAUGGCAAAAAUUUUACCUUGGUAUUAGUGUCGGUCAAGGAAUACGUACACAUUUUGAGAUGGUGCACUUGAAAAAGGUACCUCCUCACUGCAGAUGUCUUAAUGGUUUACUUGCAUUAUUUAAACAAAAAAUUGGAGAAAGUUGUGGUAUACGUUUAGAUCCUACAUUGGUAUCUAUUCGGUUCUCCUACUUAUUGAAAGAUUGGACCAAUAGCACAUGGACACAGGAGCCUCCAGAUUUUGAUUUCUUACAAGGAAAGACACUAGGUGUGGCUGAAUUAGGAAAACUUCCAUUUGGAGCCACGCUUGACCCAGUAGGGGAACUGCAUUUGUUUGCAACGUGGCCUCAAAUGCUAGAAUAUGUGAUAGUGGAAAGUGAAACAUUUUCUGAUCUUGAACCACCAUUGGCACCGGAAUGGUCGGUACAAGUUUCAAUGGUGCCAUCACCUGCUUGUUUACUUGGAGAAUAUCUAAGAGAUUUCCUUCAAUUAUGUUACAAUCAGAAGACUAUCGUUGAGUUGUUAGGCGAUGAUGUUAAUAAUGCAAAUGAUGAUAUUAAUAGAUUGAGGUCUGCGCUUAAUGUGUUGACAGCAUCUAAAAUACCAACAUUAUCAGAUGUUGUUGGUAAAGCAACUGCUAGAAAACGAACAAAUACAGAGGGGCCAAUUACAGAGGAACUUUUACUGCCUAUCAUUUACUUUUUGUUCCCUGAUGCAGAUGAAGAUUCGAAAACUCCAUAUGAUGACAACGAUGCAUAUAGCAUUGAUGAAGAUCAGUGGAAGGGGGUAAAAAGUAGUGCAGUAGAUGGUCUUGUUUGGAGACUUGCAAUCGUCGCAGCACAUUGCACUCAAAGUUUUGGAGGUGCAGCAGCUUUAGCUCAGUUGUGGCAUGAAUUCGUUCAGGAAAUCAGAUUUAGAUGGGAGAAAAGUAUUUCUAUACCAGGUGUAGGACCUGACUUUCCGGAUUGUGUACGCACGUGUUUACUAAAUCAGAAACUUCAGAUGAUGAAUUGCUGCAUUCAGCGUAAGCAAGCACGCGAGCACUCGGCAUAUAAACAACAAAGUUUGGAUUUUGAUGAUUCAGAAUCUGAAGAAGAAUUCUUUGAGUGUACUAGCGAACAACAAACGGAAGAGGUCGAAGCUGGGCAGUCAAAGCCCCCCAGCAAAACGAAACAUUCCUUAUGGAACAGGCCAUCGGGAAGAUUAACCGAACAUCCGUCAUUACGAUUGAUACACACCGGGGAAACACUUUAUUUGCCAAUAACUCAAGAUCCUGUUCCAAAAACUGAAGAUCAAUUAGAAGAAGACGCACAAGUUAUGAUGCAGUUAGGAACCGAUCAGCAUGCGUCCGAAAUGCGGGCCCGGUUGAUGAGUGCAUCCCUGCUUUCCGAUAUGGAAUCCUUCAAAGCUGCAAACCCUGGGGCGGAAAUGGAGGACUUCAUCCGAUGGUAUUCCCCGCGAGAUUGGAUCGAGGACGCGGACGUUGAUGAAUGGGGACAACAGAAGGGGCAUCUUUCACCUCGGAUGAUGAUCCCUAAUAAUCCAUGGGCUGUUGCGUGGAAAUCCGCACAACCUGUUCCGGCUCAUCGUCAAAAGCGAUUAUUCGACGACACAAGAGAAGCGGAAAAGGCUUUACAUUUUUUGGCAUCUAGACGGAUUAAUCUAAUUGCCCAACUUCUGCUACCAUCUCUCACUAACGCAGCUUUGAAUACUCUCGGUUCACAGAAAGCGGAUGCUUUACCAAAUCUACCAGAAGUUACUGAGAAAAUUCUGAACAAGUUGCAAGUGGCCUCUAAACCGCUUCAUCAAAACCUAAAUUUGUACGAGGAAAUUAUUCAUGAUAUUGAAGGAAUCGAGACUUUAGUUGCUCAGGUAUAUUCUCUGCAACAUAAACUUGGUGGAAAUGACAACUCCAAUGAACUCACCCCUUUCUUAAUCCAAUUAAUGCGCGGCAAGGAAGUAUCCGUACCAAAAGGUGCUAAAGGAAAUAUUGGAUUGCGCAUAACAACAAUGUUUCGAGAUGCUCAACGGGCCGCUCACAUGAUGACCUCUGUUGCCACCUCUAGUGAAGCAAAUGCGACAAAAGAUGAAAUGCAUAAAGCAUUUCCGGAACCCACAUGCAAAGAAUACAUUUUGCGUACAAGCAUACCUCGACCAACGCCGGUAUCUACUCGACAAGCCCAGCGAAUGUAUGCCUACAUUACUCGAGACUGCAUUCGCCUUGCAGGCUCAUUUUCGGAAGACACUGUGUUCAUUUAGAGAGCGAUAUAUGAAUUACAGAAUAAUUACAAACGGCAGCGUGCAAUUAGUUAAUGUAGUUUGUAACUACGCCAUACCAGCAAUUCUUAGAUACCAUGCAUAAAUUGAAAUAAAUUAGAAUAACUGUAAAUUGAAAGUAGGUCGUUGGAAAUAUGUUGAUAACGUAAUUGAAAGGUCUUAACAUUUUAUAUUUCAAAAUAGUUUUAAAAAAUACAUAUUAUUAUAUUAAUCAAUAUGUUCAGGUGAUGGUCUUUGUGGAUAGUUAAUAAAUCGGCCUUAUGAAUUACUUUUUCUUAAAUAAUUUUGAAUUAAGAAAAUUUCUAUCUGAAAUAAAACAGUUUUUACUACAUUAG